GCUGCUGCGUCAAGGGAGUUUGGGAACGCCAGCUCCAGACCGUGAGGAUAUCUGCACACUGCUGCUUCCACAGUCAGGAGCGGGGACCAGAAAUACAAAACUCUGAACAUGAACGGGCAGUCCUCACCUGUCUUCGAGGAGAAGAAGCCACCCCUCCCCAUGGCCGGGGGCUCCAUCUCGGCCACCAAGGAUUCCCCGACCCUGCCGGAGUCCUCGUCCACAGACAUGGGCUUCUACAGCGGCCAGAGCGCGCUCCACGGCUCCCAGGAUUUCUACCCGGCGCAGCAGCCGUACUCCGCCCAGCACAUGAACCCGUACGCGUACCACCACUACAACCUACACGGGAUGGGUCCCGGAGGAGGCUACCCUGUUGGCAAGGCAGAGUACCCGUACCCCCCCUCAGCGUACAGAGAGCACGGCGCGUUCAGCAGGGAGGCGCAGGCAGCGCUGCAGGACGGGGUGAAAGAGGAGCCAGACGUGGAGGUUCGGAUGGUCAACGGGAAGCCCAAGAAGGUGCGCAAGCCCCGGACCAUUUACUCCAGCUACCAGCUGGCAGUCCUGCAGAGGAGGUUCCAGUCAGCGCAGUACCUGGCGCUGCCGGAGCGGGCCGAGUUGGCCGCGCAGCUGGGACUCACACAGACACAGGUCAAAAUCUGGUUCCAGAACCGUCGCUCCAAGUUUAAGAAGCUCUACAAGAAUGGAGAGUUUCCACUCGGGGAGAUUCCUCUUGAACACAGUCCAGACGCCAGCGACUCCAUGGCCUGCAACUCUCCUCCAUCCCCUGCUGUGUGGGACAACAAUAGCAGCAACAGUCACAACAACAACAACAACAACAACAACAACAACAGCAGCAGCAGCAGCAUGAAGAGUAAUGCAGUGAUGGAUCCCACCAGCAGGGGGCAGGGUCCCUAUCAGCCACCUGUGGAUUCCUCGCCCGCCUGCAUGGGAGAGUACACACACCAGGACUGGUACCAACAGCAGGGUGCACAUUUAGGUCUGCAACAGCCCGGCCCAACGCACCACACACCAUCAGCCGCACCGUCAGCCACACAGAGUCUGGGAGCCGUCUACUGACGCUGGACUCAGUUUGACUGGAGCCCUGCGCUUUAACACAGGGGGGAUUUCUUUUUUUGGAUGACUCGGAGCGCUGCUGUGACCUGGGAACACCUGACAGUGAUCAUCAGACACGAGUCAUGACUGUAAAACCAGACACACAUGUUGUUAAACAGGCUUUUCGAUAGUAAACGUGUAUUGAAAACAAGUGCUGGCCUCAGCUGCCCCACUCUCCUCCGCUCUGAAGUUUAUGAUCUCAUAACUCAGAGGUUAAAACAGAGAUUAGGGUGAUUGAUGUGGCUUUUUUUCAGUGCUGAGACUGGUACAGAUUUUUUAUUUGAAAUCAGUGACAACACAUAAUAUUUUGUAUAUUUAAUAUUUUUAAAAUUACCAUAUUUAUGCCAUUUGUUUCAGUUUUGCAUUGAUUCAGUCCCUUAGUUUUUUUUUUCUUCUGGAAUCGGCCUCUGACAACACUUUCCCUUGUAAACUGAAUACUACUGAAACUUUCCAGCAAACUACAGUCCACCACACACCAGCACAGCAAACUUUUUUUUUUUAAAUAGGAAACUGGACUGUUUGUUGUAGCUGCGAUUGGACACCGUGUUAAAAGGCUGAUAACUUUUUAAAAUAAAACAAUAUCAGGCAAACACAGAAGACAAACUGUAGAGACACUGAAAUGAUCUGUGAGAGGGUGUUUUAAUUUACGAACUCAAUUUAAACUAUUUUUGUUUCUUAUAAAACCCUCCUGCAGCAGAUUAAAGUAAAACUUUUCUUAUGAGGAUUUGCCUCUAGUGAUGUCACUCGAGGCAGUUGGGUCUAAAGACUAUAUGUUUGUAAAUUAAAAUCUGGUGGUGAGGAGGUAGAAAGACGUGAGUUUAGUAGCUACAUCUGUAGCCUGCUCUUCAUCCCUGCUUGAGGCUACAUUAGCUGCCACAAGCUUAACACACCUAUAUAUGCGAGGGUCAUAAGGACAGAGGGAUGUCGUAUGCUGUAAAGCCCUGUGAGGCAAAUUGUGAUUUGU